AAGACGCAGUUCAAUUUGCUGUGCAUGUAUUUCAUAAAAAUCCGUAAUUACGGUUUAUACGAUACUUAUGUAUAUAUACGUAUGUACAUAAGAUAAAUAGCACACAGAUUAUAUUGCAUGCAAUAUCAUAAUGAAUAGCAAACAAAAAAUAUAAGCCAAAACAAAGGCCGACCAAAAAAUGGGCAUACAAGUCUUGGGAAUUCACCAACCAUAUGCCAUUACUUUAUUAAAUAUACCAUGCAAGCCAUGUAAGAUCUUGUAACGAGAUGUGGCGUAUAGGAAAAUCAUUCAUGAUUUUGAUAUGCAGUCUGCAAUAUGUAAUACAGCAUAUCCAACAACAUAAGAAGAGAGACAGGAUCUAACGAAUCACACGAUUGUACCGUGUUCUUGGAUGCAAUUUAAUCGAUUCAUUCCAAAAUCUGCUAAACUCGUCCUAUCCAGUCAAUAGGCAUACGCUCUUCAGUUAGUUUGCCCUCCACCACAUGAGUUAACUUUAACAGUUUUCUAGAUAUUUGGUUUAACAACUCAAAAAAUUCUAAACGCAUCUUCAUGAUUUACAUAUCUAAAGUCGAAAAGUGUUUGUGUAUAUUGUCAGGUUUUCUCUACAUCCCAAUUAAAAACGUUUGAGUUUUCGAUGCUGCGAGACUUAUAUUGACAAUUUUGUACCAAGGAAGAUUAUUUACAUUUAUUACACGUUUAUUCCUAGUAUUAGGCCGCGUUUAAGUUUGGACUCAUACUUAAUAAUAUCAUUCUUGUUCAAAUACAUGCAAGUCCUAAGCAUACGUGAACAAAUAAUCUCUUUUGGAGUGAAUCAUAACAUGAGACAAAAAUACACAGAGACUCACGCAGCAAAGUGUAUCCAGGCCGAGUGGUCUUGAGAAUUCUUCCAACAAUUUUAUAAGGCUGUGAAAUUUUAUAUUCAGAAAUAAAUGUCCAAUUGUAUAAGUGAACACAUCAAGUUUUCUGCAUUGCUUAUCUGUGUCGAGAUUUAACUUUUCUGUUCUGAACAUAAUCUAAGGAAUUCUACACAAUGUCAUGCUAUCAGACCCAAGCUAAAGUGAUUGCCGUUAUCGAAAUGGUAAUUUCCAGUUUGUUCAUACUUCUCUUUGGUUUUAUUGGCAUUGUGAUUACGGGCAAGAAGGACGCGUUGUUGGAGGCCAUCAACAAUUACCCGGACGAAAAUGAUCAUCCGCAUUUAAGAAAGUUAUUGGAAGCCUCAACCGUAGAGCAACUGAGCAUAUUUGUUGUCCCGAUUUUCUACUUUGUGGGAGAACUGUGUCUUGGAAUUUUACUGUUUCGUAGUGUGGACAAGUUAAAUCAUAAACGUCUCCGAUUGUGGUUUAUCAUCACUGGCACACUUAUGACCGUGGGACUGAUCUUCUUCUUCGCGGAGGUCCUUCGACACGAGGAUUUUUGGGAUGUCAUUAUCAUAACCGCUGUCAACACCAUUUUCACUCUAUAUUCAAUGUGGGUGGUCUAUGUCUUGAUACGAGAAAUCAAGUCUGGAGGAGCUCGUCACCCUGUGCCUUAUCACAAUGGGUUCUAUAAACUCUAAAUGUCAUUUACACAUUUACGCCAAAUUAUGCAUUUCACUUUUAUUUUAUAUUUUGUAACAAUGUUUUAAAUUUUAAUGCUUGCUUAUUGCACUUUUGUGUAUGUACUUAUUUAUUAUCAACGUUAAUUAGUUCUAUGUAAUAAAGGGUAAUAUUUGCCCAGAAAAAACUCAUACAAUGAAUGAUUGAAUAAUUAGAUUGUUCAACUAAAAUAAUCCGAAGUAGAGUACAAAUAUGUGCAGACAUUUGUACACAAUAAGUAUUUCUUUAUUAUUAUUCGAUGGGGCUAGAAUCUGUGCACACGUAAGACAAAUUAGUAUAUUAUUCUGAGAGUCAUUUGCAUACAACAAUUGUCCAGGCUCAUGUUGUAUGUCACGGUACUGGGGCCCCAGUACCGUGUUAUUCAUCUUGAUCACGAACAAUAAGUACGUAUGUCAGCAGGUGCAUUUUAUUAAACAAUCUACAAAAAGCUAUAACUUAAUAGAUGCUACCAUUUGAAGAUUUUUAUUUAUUCAUUUGCUUGUACUUAUCAAAGAGUUUAAUUCGUAAAUAAUAUCCAGUGCUCAGACUCUAGCUUCGUAUUUACAAGUUACAAUGAAAAUUUUGCUAUAUUUACUAGUUAUACUUUUAUUUGCACUUCCAUCGUUUUCUACAAAAGUCAAACAAGGAGCUAAAUUACAUGAGACGGAUGAAUCUCAACAUGGGAAGACGGAAACUUCGAAGUAUUUGCGCAAUAUCAUUGAAUAUUACAAUGAUACUACAAUAAUAUUGAAUAGGGUUGAAGGACUUCUGAGCUACGAGCCUUUUAACGUUCUCCACGAUGAAGUAGUUAUUCAUAUUUCUGGACUGGAAACGAUAAUCACAAAAUUGGAAGACUAUUUGCACAAGCUGAAAAACGGGAGAUCUGACGUUGACAUUGACGCGCAAGAACAUUAUUCGUUCAUGAAAUCCAUUGAUGAUGAUAUUAGUAAAUUGAACGGUGAAUCUAAAAGUAUUUCGUCUAAAUUAGGGCAGUUGCCAAUUCAAGAUCAAAUUACAGAAGAACGAGAAAACUUAAUCAAGUUAUUAUCAGUGAGCCAUGAGAAGGUGAAGAAUUUCGAUCUCAGCAUACGCGCCUUAUCAGAUGAGCAUGAAAUCAAUCUCCGAUAUCCAUUGCACGAUGACCCUCCCCCACCCGAGAAAUUUAAUGUCUCAAUUCUUACAGAACUAAUGAAUAUCUACAAAAUUAUAGAGCUGCAACAAUCAAUUGUCGCCAACUACGAGUUGGGCCAAGAUAAACUAAAAGGAGACAGAGAGCUAGCGUCCGUGGAAUUGGAAAAAGCAAAACUUACUGCGAAACGCCAUAUUAAAAAGUAUGAAGCCGAUUUGAGACAAUUUGGCCUAGUACUUGGCGAAAGAAAGAAAAAGGUCAUCACUCUGAUACCCGAGGCAGAUAAGAUACACGCCACGCAGAUCGAGAAAGCUCUCACAAAGGCGCUCAGUGCUGUAGAAAUCAACAGAAAAAUGACGAAUCUUUUAAGUGAAGUGAAAGGUGUUUGGGAGAAAUUAAACAGCGCUGAAAAUCAUGAUGAACUAUGAUAGUUGUACUGAAAUACAUAAUGCUCCAAUAAUUAUGGGUGGAAAUAUUUAUGAUUACUUAAAAUUGUUGAUGAUAAAGUAAGUAUGAUGUAAAAUGAG